GAGAGAGAGAGAGGGAGGAGGAGGAGGAGAGGAGCCCCGGGGCUGCAGGAAGAUGAAGAUGAAAGACGCCAAAAAACCGUCUUUCCCCUGGUUCGGGAUGGACAUCGGAGGGACGCUGGUUAAGCUGACUUACUUCGAGCCAAUCGACAUCAGCGCCGAGGAGGAAGAGGAGGAGGUGGAGAGCCUGAAAAGCAUCCGCAAAUACUUGGUCUCCAAUGUAGCCUAUGGCUCCACAGGAAUCCGAGACGUACAUCUUGAGCUGAAGAACCUCAGCCUUUUUGGACGCAAAGGGAACUUGCACUUUAUCCGCUUCCCCACCCACGACCUGCCCACGUUUAUUCAGAUGGGGAGAGAUAAGAACUUUUCCACGCUCCACACCGUGCUCUGUGCCACCGGAGGAGGCGCCUAUAAGUUUGAAGAGGAAUUCCGCACAAUCGUCAAUCUGCAGUUACACAAACUGGAUGAACUGGACUGUCUGGUCAAUGGCCUUUUGCAUAUCGACUCUCUGAGUUUCAAUGGCCAGGCAGAGUGCUACUACUUUGAGAAUGCGUCUGACCCCGAGAAAUGCCAGAAGAUGCCGUUCAAUCUUGACGACCCAUACCCUCUGCUUGUGGUGAACAUUGGCUCAGGAGUUAGCAUAUUAGCAGUGUACUCCAAGGACCAUUACAAGAGAGUCACUGGGACCAGUUUAGGAGGCGGGACCUUUCUGGGCCUGUGCUGUUUGCUGACUGGCUGCGAGACGUUUGACGAAGCUCUGGAAAUGGCGUCUAAAGGCGACAGCACCAAUGCUGACAAAUUGGUGCGGGAUAUCUAUGGGGGAGACUAUGAGCGCUUUGGCUUGCCAGGAUGGGCAGUGGCAUCUAGCUUCGGCAACAUGAUCUGCAGGGAGAAGCGGGAGUCUGUCAGCAGAGAGGACCUGGCUCGAGCCACCUUAGUCACCAUCACAAACAAUAUAGGAUCAAUUGCAAAGAUGUGUGCCCUCAAUGAGAAGAUAAACCGGGUUGUGUUUGUCGGCAACUUCCUGCGUGUCAACACGCUGUCAAUGAAGCUCCUGGCGUAUGCACUGGAUUAUUGGUCGAGAGGCCAGCUGAAGGCACUGUUUCUUGAGCACGAGGGUUACUUUGGGGCAGUGGGUGCUCUGCUUGGACUCCUGAAUGCCACCUAGGAGCCAAGGCGUAGGCAAGACGCAGUGUACUCCACCGGAAUGGACGAGUUUACUACAAGGUAGCAUGAAAAGUGGAACCAAAUUCAUUGAUCCUGGGGACCGGGGAGAAGUGGGGAGGGAAAGAAACCUGGUGGACGUGUAGGGAAUGUGUUUGACCCACACGCAGACUGGUUUGUAUUGUAGAACCACUCAUUCCAUUCGAACAAUGAAAAUCUUCCACUUUCUUAUCGGGAUUCCAAUGAGUUGGGCAUUGCAUUGCAACAUAGCCUCGCCAUACAAGCUGCUGUUUUGUCGCACGAAGAACGGUGGUGUGUUUGGGUUUUUUUGCUUGUGUUUGUUAAUUUAAUUACUCUUUUAACAUAUUAACUCGAUCUUCAAAAUCUUUCAGGAACCUAAUCAUAUUCAAAGGGUUCUUAGUCUUGGGUGGGUCAGUACUAGCAAAGAGCUCUGAUGAAUCAAGCACUAAAGUUCAUGGAUUUUAGGACAGAAAUCCUUUAAAGUGGUACAAAAAGAAGUAGAAAUGUUUAUGAGAAAAAGAUUCAGGUUUGUUUGUUUUUGCCUUCACAAGGGGCCGGGAGGUCUUUGUGGUCUAAAACAAGAGGAUAGUUCAGCAGUGGUUUCACAGCUGUAAUCUUCUCUGGGAUUUAGAUAACCACUAAAGGCAGGGAAUCCUCCCACUCAGCUCCUGUUAGCGCUGCAAGCCAAAUCC